CAAUUACUGUCAAUUGGAUUCAAGUCCGUUACUCCCAAGAAAAGUAAUCAACAAUGGAAUGUUGAUUGCCGUUUUAGUAAAGAUAAGUUUGCCAUUGAGUUUUGUAAAGGAUUUCAUGAAUUAACCGAUAAUGAAUUUGUUGGAUAUAUGUUCGAUUACGUGGAACUACAGCUUAUUGUUGAAGAGAAUGAGAAGAGGUGGACGGAGUUGUAUGAUGUCAUACAUAAUGAAAAUGGUGUUAGAUUUUUGGAUGCAAUCAUUUUUGUUUUGAAAGACACAUACAAUGGCGAGAAGGAAUCAAAUUUCUUGGACAAAGUUUAUGACAUGUUAGGGAAUAUGCCGGAAACGAGACCAAAUUACACUGUGAUGCAACAGCGAAGAGUUUUGCUCGGUCAAUUACUUGAUAUCUCAAACGACAGCAAUAGUGAUGGAACAGUAAAGCCAAAUUAG